AAACUGCAGUGCAGCGAUGCUGCAAGAACGAAUCUCAGCGGAUGUAAAUAUAAACAAGAACACGUUAUGUCGAUCUUGCUAGAAGAGGAAAGUGGAUGGUUUGUCAAUUACAAAGAUUAUUUUGACAAGAUUUACAAAGUAUGCUAUGACGAAAAUUCAACAGAAUGCGAAUUUAAAUUACGAAGUGAGUUUUUUCGUAUCAAGACUCCGUUCGUAAUGAAAAGUCAUGCAAUUAAAGUUAGUAAAAAUCUUCAAGAUGAACAAGUUCCAAAUGCACAAAAGAAGAAACCAAAGAAACGUUCAAAGAAAAGAAACGAACCUUUAGCUGAAACAAAUCUGGAAAACAGGUUGAUUUAUGAAAAAGUCACGAAUCUCAUUGAAAAUGCUAGAAAUCUCAGCAUCUUAAAAUCUUCUGAGAUUAGUGCCCAAGAGUGGUUUGAAAAUAAUUCUGAAGCACGGGAAGCUGCCAAGGGUGUGCUACAUCUAGCCAUAGAUAAUGCUUCCCCUUCUAAAUUUCACAACAAUCAUAAUCUUUCUUGUAUAAAGACGUUUGGUUCCGAAAUGUAUGUUAUUCCACCUCAAUCCAUAUUCCAUUUAUGUGACAUUGGUGAUAUUGUUAAUUUGAAAGGUUAUAAAUAUGACCUCAUCGUUUUGGAUCCACCGUGGGAAAAUAAGUCAGUAAGAAGAAAUAAAAGGUAUGAAACAUUAUGUUGUGAAUCGCUAAUGAGCUUACCGAUCGAGGAUCUAUCUCACCCUGGCUCUCUCAUUGUUAUGUGGAUGACAAAUAACAUAAGGCAGCUUAAUUACAUAAAAGAAGUGCUUUUCCCCAAAUGGAAAGUUUAUAACCCUGUUACCUGGCAUUGGGUAAAAAUAACAGAAGGAGGACAUUUGGUACAUCCUAUUGAUUGGCAUCAUAAAAAACCAUAUGAAAAUCUGAUGUUAGGACGUGUAUCGGAAUCUGAAAGCAGUAAUUCAACGAAUAUAAAGGGCAUAGAACAAAAUAAAAUUAUUCUUAGCAUUCCCAGCAGCAUACACUCUCAUAAACCACCUUUAGUUGAAAUAUUAAAGCCAUAUAUUCCUGAAGAUGCCAAAUGUCUAGAACUUUUUGCCCGCUACUUAUUACCAAAUUGGACAAGUUUAGGAAAUGAGGGUUACUAUUGGACCAGCAGAUAAAACGUCAGAUAAAUCAGCCCAUGCCAUGAUAGAUUCACCUCCGUGGUUGACAGUUGGAAGGAAACAAUCGCAAUCAUACGUUUCUGCAAGUGUUUUCCAAGCAUGUACCAGUCUUUUGAGGGGAAAAGUGAGAAGUGAAGCGUCUUACCCUAUAACUAACUGUCUUCCACUUAUCAGUCGAUUAGGUUUUGUGAUUAUGGCACCAAUGUCCACAACGUUUGGUACUCACAUCUGUAACAAGUGACUUGGAUAUUGCUGAUCAGCGAUAAAUGCUCUGUUUAUAAAAGUGCCUUAUAACUGUAAUUACUGACAAUAGAGAAUCCAGAUGCCUUGUUUUCUUUUUAGACAUUACAAUCCGCUUCUAUACCCUUUGAUCUCUUUCGUUUAGCUUUUCCUUCCGUCCACAGUUUUGCUUUGCCAAAUCUUGUUUUGCCGCGUUGUGUGUUUGCUGCCAUAACUUUAGACAUCAUACCUCUAAUAACGCCUAAAAGGUAAGAUGUUUCGGUCACAGCUACUUCAGC